UCGAGGUGCAGAAAAAAAACAAGAUUACCCAUGCAAACAUCCUCGGAUGACAGGAGAGGAAGUCGGCUUUACCAAGGAUGUAACCUGCUUCAGAUGCAGGUACAGGAAGCCUGGAACUACUAUUGACAUUGGGCACAUGAAGGGUCCUGCUCAUCAUCUAUAAAAAGCCUUUCAUCCCAUGUUUUGCAUGUCUUGCUUGCCUCACUAGCUCAGUUUGAUCGUCGCAUAUUUGUUCUCUAUAUUGCACCCUGUGUCUCUCACUUAUUCACGGCAAUAUGAAGACACUCUCUGCCGCCAUCAUCCUCGCCCUCAGCGCCUUUGCGGCAGCCCAGGAGUUGGCACCUUCGCCUACCGAGUCUGUCGGGUGUGAGCCUCAUGGUGAUCACUGGCAUUGCGAUGGACCCCGCGAGACCGCCCCCGCAACCACUGCGACUCCGGUGAUCAUCACCGCUUCCGAGGUCGUUGCUGUUCCUGCCACCACCACGGCUGCCGCCCAUGAUGACGACCAUGACCACGAACAGGACCAUGAUCAUGAUGACGAGGAUCAUGAUCAUGAGGACGAAGAGGACCACGACCAUGACGACCACAGCGCCGGUGUCCUGCCUCCUAGCCCAACCGCUUCCAUCGGGUGCGAACCUCAUGGCGACCACUGGCACUGCGAUGGACCUGCUCCCACCACUAUCGCUACCGUCACGACCAGCGGUGUCGCUUCUGGAACUGGCGCUCCUGUCAUCACAAGCACUGGUCCUGUUGUCACUGCCGGUGCUGCGGCUGUUCAUGGGGGUGUCGGCGCCGCUGCCGGCGUGUUGGGCUUGGUUGGCUUUAUGAUAGCUGGGAUUUGAUGUGUAUUACUUGGACUUCUUGCUUGAAUAUCAGGCAGCUCUGGCUGUCAACUUCAUGUUUCCAUCUGAGGAAAACAGAUAUAAUAGCGUUUGGCAUUGAUAAUAUCUAUUGUUUUUCACCGAACUUCAUCAUCACAUUUCAAGAACACUGC